AUGGAGCAAGAAUUGGCCGAACUCAAGAAGCAGGUACAGGCUCUCCAGAAGGAAGUAUCACGAGUGUCAGAUGAGGCCGAGGUCCGCAAGACACACUUCAAAUAUGGAUAUUAUCUAGAUAAAUGUCUCUACAACGAGGUGGUCGAUAUGUUUGCGGACCACCCGGAUGCCUACGUCGAGUUCCUCGGGUCGCGAUACCGCGGCAAGGAAGGCAUCAGGCGCCUCUACCAGGGCCGGUUCCAGCAGACGUUCGUCAAGGGCCGCAACGGGCCCGUCUACGGCUGGCUGCUGGACCACAUCAUGAUGCAGGACGUGGUCGACGUGGACGCGACAGGCACGCACGCGUGGUGCCGCAUGCGGGCGCUCAUGCAGGCGGGCACGCACCAGAGCAUCGAGGAGUACUACCCGCGCGGGCACCGGCAGUGGUGGGAGGGCGGCCUGUACGAGAACGAGUACAUCAAGGAGAACGGGGUGUGGAAGCUGUUCCGCUACCGCUACUUCCCCUUCUGGCACGCCGACUUCGAGAAGGGCUGGAGUCACACCAAGAAGAACUACGUGCCCUGGCCGACCACCACCUACCCGGAGGAUCCGCUGGGGCCGGACGAGAUCUUUGAGCAGAAGAUGCUGUGGCCAGACACGCGUGUCGUGCCCUUCCACUACCCCCACCCCGUCACGGGCAAGCCGACGGCGCCGGAUGAUAUGCGCGCCCCGGCAUACGGUGCCGACGUCAGCACCAGCGAUCCCCCGCUCACGCUGGCCCUGCCCGAGGGCCAGAGCAGGCCGGGCGCAAGCGACAGGGAGGCGAAUCCCGGGGAGAAGGUGCUCCCGGAACUGGUUCAGAACAAGAUAGAGUAG